AUGAGUGUGGCACCCCGUGCAGCCCCCUCCAUGUCGGAGCGCUCGCGGAUGCUGUCUCGACGCGGCAGCAACCGCGAGGAGGAGGAGUUGGCAGUCGGGGCCGUUGUCGUGGUGCUUAGCGACAAAUCAGAGGACCAGAGUGCUGCUGCCUACCGUCCGCCUAAUGGAGACGCCGGGCACGACGACUCCGAGCCAAUAUCGACAGCGAGAACUCAAAAAGAUCACCGUUUUGUUGCGGUUCUGGCUCCGAGUUGUGAUGCUGCAAUGGCUUCACUACCCAGCCAGCCACCGGGAACAUAUUUGCUGGUGAAAGAAGAGGACGCGGCGAUCACGGUGUACGUCAAGUUUCGACAGGCCGUACGAGCUCUGACGCUGGUGAAGGGCAAAGACGUCAAGAAGAAUGACGACGCGAUUCAGUUGGCAAAGUUGCGCAAGAAAGAUAUCGACGUACUGAUGCAGACCCCCGUUCACACCUUGCGUCUGACUUCGGAGGCGUACUACCUCGUGGAGCACUGCUGGAAGCGCUUCUUACCGCAGGUGCAGGCUGUCGUGUUUGAGCUGUGCUGCGAGCCGUACCUUGACGAGGACACCAAGCUAGAAGACUGGAACUCGUCCAUGAUCCCCGCAGGCUAUUCAGUUGCUCUGAUGCCUGAGGCGUGUGGGUUCUACAUUCUAGCUUCGAACAGUACUGGCCCAGAUUCGUCCUCGAGCGCAGUGAUCCAAGUUCGCCAAGUCGAGUUCGAUUUCAACAAGUUUGCGAUCACAGUUGCCGAUGGAACGUUGAAGCCGUCGGCGCUGCUGUUGUCGACUUCGUUCUCGGCCAAAAGAACGUUCGAACCAUACUUCACGUAA